UGAUGUGUUUCCGGUGGAGCUACCAGGAAGGCUGUCCAGCUACUUUAGCUGGAUAUGUUUCAUCAGAUUUUAUGCACUACUGUAUAGUGAAUAGGGAAAUGGCUUUAUGGAGGUUGUGUGGUCAACACGACAUGGAUCUUGAACGCCGUUCUUCAUUUUAAAGAAACCUCGUUUCUUUUUUUACGUUGUCUUGUUUUGACGAGUUAGUUUAAGGCCAGCAGACUGCGGCUAGGCUAAGCUAAAGGCGGUGGUGUUGUCAGUGACUAUGCAAGGGGAAACCUCGGCAAUACGAAUUACGGAAAACGACGGAAAAUUGGAUGUAUUCCCCCAGAACAGGACUCCAAGCUCGGGUAGAGCGAGUGCCAAGAGCUGGCAGUAUAGUGACCACAUGGAAAAUAUCGAUGGCUACUUGAUGAAGUACACCAACUUGGUGACAGGUUGGCAGUACAGGUUCUUUGUCCUAAACAAUGAAGCGGGUUUGUUGGAGUACUUUGUUAAUGAGCAGUCCCGGCCUCAGAAGCCCCGUGGCAUGCUCCCCCUGGCUGGUGCGGUCAUCUCCCCAAGUGAUGAGGACUCACAUACAUUCACUGUUAAUGCCAUCAGUGGAGAGCAGUACAAGCUCAGGGCCACCGAUGCCAAAGAGAGGCAACACUGGGUGAGCAGACUGCAAAUCUGCACACAGCAUCACACUGAGGCCAUGGGGAAGAGUAAUCCUCCACCCAAGUCACGCAGCUACUCCAUGGUGUCUCAAGGCAGCAGCAGCUCACCCAUGUCUUUGCGCCGACCGAGCCAAAACCCCACCUCCUUAUUCAAUUGGCAAAUACACAAGGGCUCAUCACUGUAUUCCAGCAAGCGUUCCCUACUGCCAGAUCAUCUAAUGGAAGCCAGAGAAAUGAUGAGCCAGGCUCAAGGCCAACACAGAGACCUAAUCCAGGGCAUAGAGGGUCUACCAGCAGCUCCUGGACUUUCCGCUUUAGACCAGGACCUGCUCAUGCUCAAGGCUACCUCCAUGGCUACCAUGACCUGCCUCAAUGAGUGCUUACAUAUCCUGAACCUGCAGCAGGUGGCCAGACAGACAGGUUUGAUGGGAGGAUCCACCAUUGAGUGGCUGGAGCCCAAGCCUGACAUCCUGAAGAAUGGCAGCAGUUCCUUGGGUAGCUUCACAACAGGAGAGGGCCUCCUAGAGGAGGGAUGUCUGGAGCUCAGCAGCCCGGAGUCCUGCAGCUUCUCUGGGGAGCAAGAAGACAUUGCUGCUGAGGAUGAGAUAGUGGACUCUUUCACAGACAAAGAAGAGGACCUGUGUGCGGUGGAGGAGGAGCGCAGCGUCAUCCUACACCUGCUCUCGCAGCUGAAGCUAGGCAUGGACCUCACGCGGGUUGUUCUGCCCACCUUUAUCCUGGAGAAGCGUUCUUUAUUGGAGAUGUAUGCAGACUUCAUGUCGCACCCAGAACUCUUCGUGGCUAUCACAGACGGCAGCACCCCGGAGGAGCGCAUGGUUCGAUUUGUGGAGUACUACCUCACCUCUUUCCACGAGGGCCGCAAGGGUGCCAUUGCCAAGAAACCCUACAAUCCCAUCAUUGGCGAGACCUUCCACUGCUCCUGGAAAGUCCCCAAGACACCACAGUCCUCCUCUGCUGAGCCCCCACAAGAAAGCCCUGACCCAGCUGCCUCUCAAGAUUCCUACCAAGUGCGCUUUGUGGCGGAGCAAGUAUCCCAUCACCCUCCUGUGUCUGGGUUCUAUGCAGAAUGCCAGGAGAGGCGCAUGUGUGUAAAUACCCAUGUCUGGACUAAGAGUAAAUUCAUGGGCAUGUCCAUUGGAGUCUCCAUGAUUGGGGAAGGAUGCCUGACUUUGCUGGAACAUGAUGAAGAAUACACCUUCACGUUGCCAUGCGCCUACGCACGCUCCAUUCUCACUGUCCCCUGGGUGGAACUGGGGGGCAAAGUUAACAUAACUUGCACCAAGACAGGCUACGCUGCAGUCAUUACGUUCCAGACAAAACCGUUUUAUGGCGGCAAAUUGCACAAAGUAACAGCAGAGGUGAAACACAAUGCAACCAAUGUGGUCGUGUGCCGCAUUCAGGGUGAGUGGAAUGGCACUUUGGAAUUUGCUUAUACCAGUGGCGAGACCAGGGUGGUCGACAUCACCAAACUGCCUGUAACAAGAAAGUGGGUCCGGCCGAUCGAGAAGCAAGGACCAACUGAAUCCAGACGUUUGUGGCAGCAUGUCACGGAGGCCUUACGACAGAAAGACAUCGACAAAGCCACCGAGCACAAGAGGAUUCUGGAGGAGAGACAGCGCUCAGAGGAGAGGCACCGGGCUGAGACAGAAACUUCUUGGAGGACCCGAUACUUUGACAGGGAGGGUGAUGGAUGGAUUUAUCACAAGUUACUCUCCAAAAGCUCUGCUGUCAAAUCCUAGUUUCAUCUCUGCUGUUGUCGAUUUGCCUGUGCAAUGAGGGCAAGAUUACCUGCACUCACAAACAGAUGGGCAGAUAAUAUUCACAAAGCCUCCAAGCUUUUGUUCUGAUCAUAUAUCCACAGUAUACACCAACCAACCAGGACAUUCUGUAUGACCACUUGCGCACGAUAAUGCUAUCCAAUGUCUUUACAAUGACAGUGAUGCUCAGUUAAGUUCAGAUAAGUGUUGAUUUAACAAUAUUUUCAUUAUUGUGAUGAGAACGGUACUGCUUCAUCGUAAGAACUGUGGCUAAUAUUUUAGUUCAAGUAAUUACACGAGAGGGUGGAGCUCUUGUAUUGGAUAUAAUUAUAUUCUUUCAGUGUAUAUACUGUAAUCUGUCAAUAAAACAUUGUACAGUUAUUCUAUAGCCUUAAAUAAUCACAUGGAUGAGGAGUGACACUGUAGCCAGAUUAUGAUGGAUUAAGAGUAUGCAUUGAUUCUGAUGGAAUGCCCACCCCCAUUAUUUUAUUUCAUUUGUUGUGUUGCAGUGGAUGAAAGAACUUGAUGUAAAUGCAUGCUGCGACUCUUGCAUCUGCAUUACAGACUUUAUACAACAUAAAGGUUUUUAACCAAUUGUUCUUGUUUUGUAAAGGAAUAAAUACAAUUUUCUUGAAA